ACUGAAUUCUUCUACAGAAAUGUCUAGUACUAUCUUUUGGAUGCUUUCAGACUUGGUACACAUCUUUUCCGGCCUGUUUCGAUAAGGGAUUUGGACAUCAUUAAAGAAAGUAAAACAAUAGCUAAAAAAUCUUAUCUACAAUACUGUUCCAUGCUCUCGAGCAAUUACCCUAUUGCUAUUGUGGAUAACCUGAUAAGACUAACAAUCUAAGUAACAAAGGGAAGAAAAAAAUGGUACAAGUUGGUAGGCUCAAAUCAAAAAAAGAAAAUACGACUCGAGUUCUCAAGUUUGGAAUCGUGAAAUUACAUCACAACCUUCAGCCCGUAGCAAGUCGAUACUUAACCCCCAUGGAACCUUGUUCCUGGUUAGCCCUCCCAACCCACCUUAUCAGAAAGAGAAUAAUUCGUGAACCUUAAAAAUAGUCAAUCGACUCAUAGUCAUCAUCUGGUAAACCAAACUUCUUGUCAUAUUGUACACACAUUGUGGCUACUUUUAAGCGUGUUUCUCAUUGAGCCAAGUUGCCCAAUUAGAACUCUCAUUAAUUCAGCCAAAUUUUUCCUCUAUUUAUCUUCUCUCCCUGCAGCAGUUUCAUUGCUCAUUAAACCAUAGUAAUUCCUGCCAAAAAUUUCAAGAUUCUGCCAUACAAAUUCUUCUCUUUAAUCUUUUGUUCAAUACCUAUUUCUAUUAUGACACUGAAUUCGACGUCCCAUACAAGCAUUUUACACAAUCUUGGGGAUACUUCUUUUCCUUCGUACUUAAAUGGAGGGGAAGAAACCUUUGUGCUUAAACCAGUAGGCUCAAAUCAAAGCCAAAAUUCCUCCUCCUCCACCCCACAUGAACCAUUUCACCUUGCAAGAAAGAAAGGAGAAGACAGAGAAAUUGACAUUUUCACUGCUGAUAAAUAUUUCAAUGAGGAGCUAAAUGAUAGCCCAAAAACCAAGGAAUUACCAAAUCAGCAGAAUAAGAAAAAAGACCCCAUUCAAAUAUUUGAUAGAAAAGAGAAAACUUCGACACCAACUCGAAGUACUCAUUCUGAAUCAAGUUGGAAUAGUCGAAGCGCGUUAUUGCAUAAUAUUUCAAGAAAUCAGCAGCCCUGCAGAAAGAGUAACAAGAAGAGCUUCCUGGCCAGCAUUGGUUGCAACUGCUCGUGUAACGACAAGAAUUCAGUACAAAUUGAUGAUUAUAUGGGAGAUAACUAUCUUAACAAGAGCAUUAGCAGCAGGGUGGAUAAUGGCAAAGCAAUACAAGAGCUUGAAAACAAUGACAUCAGUACUAAUAAGCAGGAUUGGCAAUGCAAAAAACUCGAUGAAAUACGAGUUAAGUUGAAGACAGAUGAUCAUUUCAGCUUCCCAGUUUUUAACCCCAAGACUGGGAAUCCAGCAUUUAAAAUGGAAUUACAAGAAGCAAAUGAUAAUUCGACCCGAAAAUCUGUUGAAGUUUUUGGCUCCCAAAUACUAGAGAAUGGGAAGAAUUCAUCCAUAGUCGAGAAAAAGUUAACCAUGUUGAAUUGGAAUACAAUUUCUCCAAGAGUGGAAGACACUGAAAUCCCGGAGAGUUCCACUGGAAUGUACAAUGACAGUGAUAGCGAUAAAAGUUCAGACUUAUUUGAGAUAGAAAGUUUGUCGAAAAAUACCAAUCCCUUUCUUACAGGGCAUGAAUCAGAUGGCAUUAGCAUGUCCAGCUGCGUUACCCCCACAACCUGUUACGCACCUAGUGAAGCCAGCAUAGAGUGGAGUGUCAUCACUGCUAGCGCCGCUGGUUUCUCUGCCAUAUCAGAAACCGAAGAGCUCAGAUCAACCACAACCGGUGCUGCAGCCGCCACCACCAUAGCAUAUCCCCCGAAGAUGGUAUUAAAUCCGCCAAAAUGGCGUCGUCCAAGCAUUCUUUCGGGUUGUAAAAGUCAUACAGCUGUUAGAGUUGCAGGGGAUGCAUUUCCUAAUGCAGGAAGGCAUCGAUCAGAGUCAUUCACACCGUUGUCGAGAUUUAAUUCCGAGAGUAACCUAAAGGGGUUCGAUAAACGAAACAGAAAACACUCUUUUGAUGCAGGCGCUCUCUCUAGAUCGCAUUCCGGACGUGCAACACACCUGUUAUAUAUUCAAUAAAUUGUACUUCGUAAUAUGUUCCUAAAGCAUUUCCGUUGUUACCAAGUUAUUAACAGAUGAUAGAUAAUAAUGAGCAGAAUAAAGUA